UGGUGAAGUUGCUCUGUUCUUGCUGACAUUUGUUGAAAGCCAUAUGCUGCACAUAAACCAAGAAGACAGCAAAGCCUUGCUACAAAAACACAUUACACAUCAGAGAGGUUCCCUCCAUGUGCCAUCUGUUUCCUUGCAAUUGGGAAUGGUAGAAUAAUUUUCUGAAGAAUGGCUGACAAGAUGUGGCAGGGGAACAGUAAUCCAUAAGAAUGAGAUUUCUCAUUAAAGUCACUCAGCUCAUCUGUGAUACAGCAAGCUCUUGAUUUACACUGGUCACCUCUGGAGCAGAGAGGACAGUGACUGCUUUUCCAGGUUGAUAACAUAUCUGAAGCAUUGUUUGGGACAGCAGAUAUUUAUGAGAAAGCUGAUUGGAAUAGAAAUGUUUAGCAUCUUUUGCGGUCAGCAGCAUGGAGACAUUAAUGAACAAAACAAAGUAAAUGUUCUGCUCAGCGCUCCCAGUGCAUUCAAGGAACCUUGAGAGGUUAGGCUGAGAGAGGAUCCUUGGAGUCCCAGCUUGGCUUACUCAAGGUACUAUGCAGCAUUAAAGGAACCCCUCUCAGAGCUAUGCCCCGAUUCUGGGAGUGAAUGAGUUCAGCUGGAAUUAAUUGAUCUUCACCUGCGUGGAACUAGCUGCAGAACUGCAUGUUCAUGUGAAGAUUUUCUGCUUAGAGGCAACAAUUGUGCCGGUUUCUCACACAGAGAAAAGGGGAAGGGAAGAUCUCUAACAUAUGCUCUACAAGGUGAAUUUGCCAUGUUGAUGAUGACUUGUACAAAAUCAUCCUGCUGGCAAGAGGCAGAGCCAGUAUCGUUCUAUACAGGAGCAGUUCCAUGUCAUGUAGUGCACACGUGAGCUGACGCUGCAGCAGCAGUCCUGGGAGAAGCUGCCACUUUGGUUCCAAAGUAUGGGUGCAGAAGAAGUCCGAGAUCAGGAAGAAGACCAUGAUCAGGAUGACGCAGGUGGAAAGGAGAUUAUUAGUAGGGCAUUUUUUUCUCUUUCCCAAAUUACUGCCUUGUCAGAAGAAAAUCUGGAAGGAGUUGAAAAAAAGAUGGAAGAAUUUCUGAAUCUUACACAACUAAAGACAUCUUUGAAAGAAGCUAUUUUACUAGAUUAUUAUACUGCAGGAUUUUGGUGGGCUAAAGAAAUGAACUUCAGUCUUAUCCAGCUCUCAGGAUUCAUGGAUCUAUUAAAUUUCGCCUUGGAGAACCUCAGCGACAAACAUAUGACCUUGGGAAAUAAUUUAAAAGAACUUGAAAGAGCAAUGUCUGGAAUAGGCAAAACUGAUUCAGAAGAAAGAGGUGACCUGAAUUUGUUCAGCAUUGAGCAAGCCAAAGCAAUCAUUGAUUAUUUGGUUAUCAGCUUAUUUAAACACUAUAAAGAAUAUGAAUACCUCUUCCAUGGUCGUAGAGAAGAACCUGUGAUAAGUAAUGAGGAUGAGAUUGAACUUGACCAACCUGCAGUUUCCCCCUCAGCUUCAGCAAGAGAAUUUCAGGAGUCUGACCAGGGGGGUUACCUGCAAGAGCCCUGUCCAGAGGCAGCGUCUUCCGAGGCAGAUGCUGUGGCUGAAGAUGAGAAGUCUGCAGUAUGUGAAAUCCCAAAUGAAAUUACUGGCAACCUUGAGGCAGACAAAUGAAAAGCUGCAAAUGCAGGAAGAAGCUUAGACUUGGAGAACAGAAAAAUUGAAAACUCCUAAAUAGCCAGAUAAGAAAGGUGAUGCUGGAUUUUGCAGGAGUUGGGCAGUAGGGGAUGGCACACACAGAGUCUGGCUCGCUGCCUGAACAAAAUUAUUUCUGUAUAGAGGAAAAUGGUUCUGUUAACAUUUACCUAGAAGUACUUCAUCCCAGUCCCUCAAAUUUACGGUGUUCUGCCAGCGUUGUUGUUUAGUUUAGACUUAAGUUGAAGAUUAUAAACAGAAGGACACAUAAUUAAAACAUGGUGACAUUCAGUUUAUUUCUGAAUAGAAAUUCUAGCUUAAAAAAAAAAAAGCUGCAGUUUCAUUCUCCCAGUUGUGAAAUAUUUAACAGUUUCUGCUUUACACCUAUAUUUUUUUUCAGGAAAGGUUGCUACAAGGAGAAUACGUAGAGAGAAAACAUCAUUUUGAGGCACUGCAGAUAUAAUAAGGAGAGAAUUUAAUUAACAUGUAAUUAUGGACUUUUCACUGUAGCUGUUCAUUAAUAAUAUGUAUGUUAUUUUGUUUUAAUUUGCUUCCUAAGCUUUAAAAAAAAUUUAAUAGCUUACACUUCUUUCUUUCCACCAUAUUAAAAUUGCAUAACUGAAGAGUUUGCACUCCAGUAUUCCCAAGAAGAGUUCCUUUAGACUUCAGUGGAAUUUUUUCUGGAAUGCAUGUAUCCUUUCAUCUGAGAAUGUUUCCAUAUUUUGUCAGACAUUAUAGAAAUGUUUCAUGCUCAAAAGGAAUCCAACCAAAUAAAUGACCUCAGAAGAA